AUGGAGUUGAGCUCCUCGUUAACACGACAUCGGCACGGCAAAGAACUUCGACUCCUCCAAACAACUUACAGACUGAAUCAGACGUUUGUGGAUGAGAAAUGUGGUCCAACACCAGCUUCAACUAUCUUAGUUGCUUACGCUCCAGGCUAUGGAGGAGAUAUAGAGACUUUCCGUAUGGACCUAGAAAUGUUCUAUAGAGAAGACUAUACCUUCUACAAGGUCAUUGUUGGUGAUUUCAAUGCCAAAAUUGGCCUGAGAAGAACGCCUGAGGGACUUCACAUCGGGAUCCACGGCCUACAACGGAAUGAACAUGGUGGAGCUCACAACUCUAGAAGCCCUAUUCCCUACGCUGAACAUGGGGUCACCCGGUGA